AUGAUGAACAUACUAAUCUUAGCAAUGAUGAUUGUAACAGUGUAUUCAAAGGUUUUACCAAAUAAUUUCAUGCUAAUUGGUGUAACAACUAAAUAUUCAAAUAUAUCAUCUCAAACGAAUUGUCUGAUGUUAAUGACUGUAAUUGGCGGAAAUAGCAAUUAUUUAUGUUCAAAAAUUCCUCAAUUACCAAUGAUAAUUCAACAAUCAAAUAUUGAAGCUCAAACUCAGUGUCAAAAAUUGUUUCGAACCAGUAAAUGGGGCUGUUAUCUAUCUCGAAAUGCCACGGCACUUAGCCGAUUUCUUAGACAAGGAUCAAAAGAAUCAGCAUUUUUUACGGCAAUAUCAAGUUCAAUAUUGUCACUGAAUUUAAUUAAACAAUGUUUGAAAGGUCAAAUUAAUGAUCAAAAUUGUCAAUGUGGUAUUUCUCGUAAUAAUAAUCUUGCUCAACCAGUUUCGUUUCGUCCAAUUAAUUCUGAUUGUCCAUCAAGUGUUAAUUAUGGAAUUAAACUUUCACAACUUAUUACCAAUGGAUUUAAUAUGCCAGAACGAUCUCAACACAAACUAUUAUAUAAAAUUAAUCAAUGGAACAGAGAAAUUGGAAAAAAUGUAAGAGAAUUUUUAAAAUUAAUCCUGUAUGUUUAAUAUAUAUACAGCAUGGCCAGCUAACUCUGCUAUGGUAAAGGAAUUCCAUAACGUUUUUUCAGCAUUUUGUUUUGUUUAUAAAUCGUAAAUCAAACGACGUAGACAGCUGCAAUACGUCUUAAAUUGAAAAAAAGACUACUGUGAACAUUUAAACGCGUCUCAGCUGAACUGAACUGAACUGAAUUUUUAUUUUUGCAAGCAUGGUUGUUGCAAAGAAAGGCUGGCUUAUGCUAAUGCAACACCGAAAAAAGUGAAGAAAUAAAGAAAUACUAAAAGAACAAGUAACAGAUAAAUUAUAAAAGUUGAAGAUGCUGCUUCAAAAGACCCUUAUAGAUUCUGUGACUAGUUUGAUUCACAACAGUGCAUGGUAGUGCAUUCCAGUCGUCAGAGGUACGGGGAAAAAAUGACCCCGAAGCAGACUUUAGGGAAUAGUAAGGUUUUUGAAUUUGUUUAUCAUGCGUUAUUCUAGACGACCGUCGAUUUGUUGGCGGAGUAAUUAG